AUGUCUGAGCAGCAGCCACUGAGCCAGCCCCUGCAAACUGAAGAGCCAUUGCUGAAUGACCAGGAGAUGCAGUUCUGGCUGGACAAAGCAGUGGCAUGGGGCCAGGCUGACAGUCCGGACACGCAGAAAGACGCCUGCCUACAUAUGAGCAGACUCAGGGAUUUCCUCCAGCAGCUUCUCACACAAGUGAACAGCAUGAGCUCAAUAACAGAAACCAUGAAGAGGCUGCCCUUCUUAGGCCAGCUUUUGGGUCGGCUGUGCUGGAAUCCUUAUGUCACCGUGUGUGAUACAAGCAGAGGGCUGCUGCUUGGGUGUCUUUGGGGACUGUACUCAGAGCGUCCAAGCAAUGCUGUGGAGAAAAAAGCCAACCAGUGGAUACGGAAAGUGUUGUGUCAGCUUUCCACAGAAGAAGAUGACACUGCAGCACAAGCGUUAAUGAAGUGUACGGGUGUACCAGCUAAAGAGUACCACCUUAAAGUCCUGAGAAAGAAGGUGGCGCUGCUGCAGGAAAAUGUUGGACAAAGCUGCACAUUAUUUAACAGUCAGAGGUGUUCAUGUGACAGGAUUGUGGAUAUAUCAGAGGCAUGCAUCCCCAUUGUCACUUGUCCCGAGGCAUCUUCUCUCAUUAGUCUAUUGCUACAGCGGCCGGUGGCUUGUGUCACAGAAGUUCUCAGUGAAGAUUUUCUGAAUGCUUUGACCUCUGCUUACUCAAGGCAGGGUUUGGCAUUGGAGGAGCAGGCCUUGGUAUCUCUGUGGUAUCACAGCUUCUCCAGCCUGGAAGAAGCAGUCCUCAGUCUGUUGCAGUCCGUUAUAACUACAGGGUUAACACCACAGAAGCUAGAGAAACGAGUAGCACAGUCACUGCUGCCUAAAGCUUGUGCUCAGCACUGCUCAAUAUUCUUGGUUGUAAAUGACAUCUUUAGGUCCGUCCUUAAGCAAGCUGAAGGAAAUGAGUCUGUUAAGACUCUGGUCCAAACCUUUACCAAGUGUUUCCUGAGGGAACUGGCACUGCUGAAGCCUCAGACAAGCAUAUCUGUGAAAGCCUUCUUCCCACAGUCGCCUUCAAGUCUGCUGGUUCCCCUCUUGACGAUGCCAUCAGAGAUGCCUCAGGGGGCUUGGAGAAAUCACCUGAACUGGCUGAGCAGCUCAUUACAGAGACUGACAGAGGAGGAAGAGGAGGGAGACGGAGACGGCAGAAGCACCAGGGGGCACCACAACGUGUUUGAGGCCUGGUUCCUGCUGGUUCAGUGUGCCCACUGGGUACAGGUGGCUGUCCAGCUGCUGGUCACAUCUGGGACUGAAGAUGGUGAUCCUUUCCUGUGGCUGUUGAUAUUCUAUCACUACCCCACCAACAGGUGGCACCACAGAGCUUCACAGCUGUCACGGGCCAAAGAAGCUUGGAACCACAUACGCACUGUUUUCUCAGGCGCAGCUCAUCCUCUUCCCAGCGACCGCCUGCAGUCACUGGUCACGCUGGUUUCACCACAACCUGAGCAGCAAUCACUUGCUCCAUCAUUGACUGUCAGCCUUUUGGUUAAUGUUGCCGUUUUCUGCCAGCUACCACCAAGUGGCUCAGCAGAGGUUUUACAGGCGGUGGUGGAUCAGUCUGGUCUGCUUGAUGAAGCAGCAUGUGUUCUCAGCUCACUGGAGCUCAGACUAAACGAAGGAUGCUGUUUAUCAAGAGACACAGUUCAUCUAAGGAUCAAGGAACUUCAAAAGACGAUAACGCAAAUGCAUUCAGAGUGAGCAAUAGGCACACACGCACAAUUACAUACAAAAUUGUACAAAACCACGCAACUGUGAGCUCAUCCCUGGGCUUUUAGCUCGUUUGCAGAAUAACAAAUAGCCAUGCUCUCUUGUUGAUAUACCGUGGAACAGUGACAGGACUGUGUCAAAACAACGGAGCCAGGUCACAAUUAGACAUACGCACACAAAACACAACUGCCGAGGCCCACAAGGACACUCGGCGUGACAGAUCACGCUGCAUAGCAGCAGCAGCUCGUACGACGUGUCAGAGUCCUCCCACUCUCAUAAUUGCCUCACAAUAUAAAUCCUUCAUGCUACACAUGCCGACUGUAAGACGUAGGUUUGUGGGGAGGAAAGCCAAAUGCCAGUUAUCGUCGUGUAAUUACUG